UGUCGAUUAAUUUAUAAUGUUUGUUUUGUUUCAUGUGUUAUUUAGUCGUGCUACUUUGUCUUGUACCGUAGCAGAAGCUAUGUUUUACAAGUUUGUAAGAGAAGAUAGAGAAACAAAAUUUAAUUUUUUGCUUUCGGAAGCCUCUGUAAUGUACAUGGGUUCUGCACGCCUGCAUGUUGAUUUGAAUUUUGCUAGGUGCGGAAACCCCCUAGAUUUUGAUGACAGCUGCAUUUGUUUUUAUCUGCAUUGUAUUAAUUUGAUAAAUUAAAAUUCAAUCAUUUUUUAAUUAAUUGGCUUUUUUGGGAUUCUUAAUUGAAUGUAAUGGGAGUAGAUUUUGCUCCUCUUUUUAUAUUAAAAUAUCAACAUCUCCUUUUUUUAAUCAAUUACAUAUGAACACAUUAUGUUCAUUUAAUGAGGUCAGUUUUAGGGGAAAAAUGAUAAUACUUUGCAAAUUUAUUACAAAUAAGCAACCACGGUAAGUUAUGCACAUAAGGUGACCUGGAUGAGAUACAGAGGGAAGUGACUUCAUUCAGACUGACUUUUUUUUUAUGCAGUGAUAGAACUUUACUGUACUAAUAUAGAAAAAGAUUAAGAUGUAGAAAUUGCAAAUAACCAGGUUGGGCUUUGGAAUCAUUAGGCAACUCAGUAUCUUUGAGUUUUUAUUAACUGAAGAGAGGAAUGAUAACUUCAGUUUUCAACUGUUGAAGGAUGUUCACUUAAUAUCAAAUGACUAGCAAAAGCGAAAACUAGGGAAAUUUUGUUUAUUCAGAAUAAUGGGUCACAAUCUUUUUUGAAAACUGAUGAAAACAUGACCUUUUUUACAGUUAGAUUGUUGUGGGUUUCUGUGGAAAUUCAAUGAUAAGAUGAGUUGUUCAUUAUUUUAGAGAUGGUUACAAUCAUUCUAUCUUCCUUUCUUGUAGUGGUCUUGUGAAACAUUAGAAGUCAUUAACUGAAUGAGGUCAUGAUAUGCAAACCUUGAGUCAGUACUGUCCCUGCAAUAGUAAUGGAUAUUUUGGUGUUUCCUUUCCCCACCUCAAGAAUGAUUAGAAUUCACAACCCCCCCUUUCAAGGUGCUUCUUUUGAAUGAUAUCGCUCGUACAAGCGUUGACCCUUUGCACCUGUAUCGCCUUCCUUUUCUAAUAUGGUCUCCAAUUACCUCAUCACAAGAGAGCUUCCCUAUGGUGGAGUGAUUGAAAAAACAAAUCCCAAGUACAGUUCUGAAUUUUAUUUGGCCCUAGCACCUUAGGAAUUCAUACUUGAUGAAAGCAAUAGGCCCUGCUCCCAAGUUGUAUUGAAUCGGAGCUCUUCUUGCUAACGUCCCCUGAUUUCAGUUUAAAUUAUGGACGUGCUUCCUUGUAAUGGUGUUCAGUAUGUUGGAGAAUCUGAUUGUGAAUGACAGCGUUCAGAGACAGAUUUUACUUAUGAUGGAGAAUCUAAUGGUUUUAAACGUGUAGAACAAGUUGCAAUGGAUGAUGGCAGAGUGAAUGACUUAUUGCUAAAUGUAGAAGAGUCUCGUAUAGAAAGACAAUGUGAGGGACUAGGGACAGUAGACAAAUUGCAUAUUUCUGAAGGUGGAACUUCAUAUUCUGAUUGUAAGGUAGAGAGCCAAAGGUUAUCCUGUGAUUCUCAGGAUUUUGGAGAAGAUGACAUAAACGUACAGAAUUAUUACACAGAACCCAAUGCAGCCUCUGAAAACUCUAAUUUAAUUGUUGACACCAUUGAAAGCGAACCAAACAGCUGUAGGUAUGGAGAGCCAUCUCUUUUGGAGCCUAACUGGCUAGAACACGAUGAAUCUGUGGCACUAUGGGUCAAGUGGAGAGGCAAGUGGCAGGCUGGAAUCAGAUGUGCACGGGCAGACUGGCCAUUGUCAACUUUGAGAGCCAAACCAACUCAUGAUCGAAAGCAGUAUUUUGUGAUAUUUUUUCCUCACACCAGAAAUUAUUCCUGGGCAGAUAUGCUGCUUGUCCAACCAAUCAAUGGAUUUCCAGAGCCUAUUGCAUAUAAGACUCACAAAAUUGGGCUAAAAAUGGUUAAAGAUAUGAGUGUUGCACGGCGGUUUAUAAUGAAAAAGCUGGCUGUUGCCAUGGUGAAUAUUGUCGAUCAGUUUCAUUCUGAGGCUUUAGUAGACCCAGCUCGUGAUGUGAUGGUCUGGAAGGAAUUUGCCAUGGAGGCUUCACGAUGUAGUGCUUAUUCUGAUCUUGGAAGAAUGCUUCUGAAACUUCAAAAUAUGAUUUUGCAACAGUACAUAAGUUCUGAUUGGCUGCAGAAUUCUUUUCAAUCCUGGGUACAGCAGUGUCAAGUUGCAUGUAGUGCUGAAUCCAUUGAAUUGCUUAGGGAGGAAUUGUACAAUUCUAUUCUAUGGAAUGAAGUCGAUUCUCUCCAUGAUGCACCAGUGCAAUCGACAUUGGGAUCCGAGUGGAAAACCUGGAAGCAUGAAGCUAUGAAGUGGUUCUCAACCUCCCAACCUGUGACAAGUGGUGGAGAUAUGGAGCAGCAGAACUGUGACAAUCUCUCCCCCUCAACCAUCAGUCUUCAAGCUACCAGAAAGAGGCCAAAGCUUGAAGUUCGCCGUGCAGAGACACAUGCUUCCCAGGUUGAGUCCAGCAGUCCACUUCAAACUACGAAUGUCGAAAUUGACUCUGAGUUUUUCAGUAAUCGAGACACUGUCAAUGCUCAUACUUUAGAAUCAGAGCUUUCUAAGGAGGAUGGUUUUGGCGAGGUAGCUGCACCUUUAGAGUCACCUUGUAGCAUGGCUGAUAGAUGGGAUGGGAUUGUAGUUGAAGCAGGAAAUCCUGAGCUUGUACAGAACAAAGGUGUAGAAAUGACACCUGUUAAUGAAGUUUUGGCUAAGGAAAGCAUAGAACCUGGGAGUAAGAAUCGCCAGUGUACAGCUUUUAUUGAAUCUAAGGGAAGGCAGUGUGUGAGGUGGGCUAAUGAUGGUGAUGUUUAUUGUUGUGUGCAUCUGGCCUCUCGUUUUGCUGGCAGCUCCACUAGAGGAGAGGCAAGUCCUGUUCAUAGUCCUAUGUGUGAAGGUACCACUGUUCUUGGUACUCGAUGCAAGCAUCGGUCUCUACCAGGUACCACAUUCUGCAAGAAACACAGACCCUGGCCUGAUGCAGAGAAGACCUCAAAUUUGCCAGAGAAUCCCCUUAAGAGAAAACAUGAAGAGAUCUUUCCCAGUUCAGACACCACAUAUUGCAAAGAGAUGGUAUUGUCUGGACAAGUUGAAAAUCCCCUUCGAGUGCAACCUGUCUCAGCCAUGGAUGGUGAUGCCUUUCAUGGAAGGAAAAGCUUACCCGAGAAACUUGAGCAUCCUGGCCAUGAUUGCAAUAGCUCCAAGAUGCUGCACUGUAUUGGCUCAAGCUCCCUUGAUAGUAGUAUCCUGUGUCCUGAGAGUCCAAAGCGCUAUUCGUUGUACUGUGACAAACACAUUCCUAGUUGGCUCAAGCGUGCUAGAAAUGGUAGAAGUAGGAUAAUAUCAAAAGAAGUGUUUAUAGAUCUUUUGAAGGAUUGUCGCUCACCGCAGCAGAAAUUGCAUUUACAUCAAGCAUGUGAGCUUUUCUACAAGCUUUUCAAAAGCAUUUUCUCUCUAAGAAACCCAGUUCCUAUGGAGGUUCAACUUCAGUGGGCUCUCUCUGAAGCUUCUAAAGAUUUUAAUGUUGGGGAACUCUUGUUGAAGUUAGUUUUCACUGAAAAGGAGAGACUCAAAAAGUUAUGGGGCUUUGCUGUGGAGGAAGAUUUACAAGUUUCCUCUGUCAUGGAAGAACCAGCAAUUUUUCCAUUGGCUGUCAACUGUAGCCAUGAUGAUGAAAAUUCUAUUAGGUGCAAAAUAUGCUCAAAGGAGUUUCUCGAUGAUAAAGAGCUUGGAAACCACUGGAUGGACAACCAUAAAAAGGAAGCACAGUGGCAUUUCAGAGGUCAUGCUUGUGCCAUAUGCCUGGAUUCUUUUACUGACAGAAAAAGUUUGGAAACCCAUGUGCAGGAGAGACAUCAUGUGGAAUUUGUUGAACAGUGCAUGCUGUUCCAGUGCAUUCCUUGUGCCAGCCACUUUGGGAACACUGACCAGUUAUGGUUGCAUGUCCUCUCUGUUCACCCUGCUGAUUUCAGACUGCCAAAAGGUGCUCAACAACUUAAUCCGUCUAUGGGUGAAGAGAAGGAGGAUUCCUUGCAAAAACUUGAGCUGCAAAAUGCAGCAUCAAUGGAAAAUCACACUGAGAAUUUAGGUGGUGUAAGAAAGUACAUUUGCAAGUUCUGUGGCCUGAAGUUUGAUUUACUACCUGAUCUUGGUCGCCACCAUCAAGCUGCUCAUAUGGGACCAAAUCUAUUCAGCUCUCGCCCCCCAAAGAGAGGUGUUCGAUAUUAUGCUUAUAGAUUAAAAUCUGGAAGACUUAGCCGCCCGAAAUUUAAGAAAGGUCUGGGGGCAGCAACAUAUAGCAGCAUCAGGAACAGGAUGACUUCUGGUCUGAAGAAACGUAUCCAGGCUUCAAAAUCACUUAGCAGCCAGGGACUAAGCAUACAGUCUAAUUUGACUGAGGCAGGGGCUUUAGGUAGAUUAGCAGAAUCUCAAUGCUCAGCGGUUGCAAAGAUAUUGUUUUCUGAGGUUCAGAAAACAAAACCUCGGCCUAAUAACCUUGAUAUCUUAGCUAUUGCACGCUCUGCUUGCUGCAAGGUGAGCCUAAAAGCAUCACUGGAGGGGAAAUAUGGAGUGUUGCCAGAACGCUUUUAUUUGAAGGCAGCCAAGCUCUGCAGUGAGCAUAAUAUUCAAGUACAAUGGCACCAGGAGGAGUUUAGUUGUUCCAGAGGAUGUAAGAGUUUCAAGGAUCCAGGAUUAUUCUCGCCCUUGAUGGCUCUUCCAAAUGGUUUUAAGGGGAAACAAAUGAUACAUUCAUCUGAUCAUACAAACAGUGAGUGUGAAGUGGAUGAGUGCCACUAUAUUAUAGAUGUGCAUGAUGUUACAGAGGGGCCUAAGCAAAAGGCUACUGUCUUGUGUACUGACAUAAGCUUUGGGAAGGAGACAAUACCAGUGGCAUGUGUUGUAGAUGAAGAUCUCCUGGAUUCCCUCCAUGUCUUGGCAGAUGGUUACGAUGGUCAAAUUAGUAAAUUCCCCAAGCCCUGGGAUACUUUUACCUAUGUAACAGGGCCAGUUCAUGAUCAAUGUGAUAGUCUGGACAUUGAGGGUUUGCAAUUGAGGUGUUCUUGCCAAUAUUCAAUGUGCUGUCCUGAAACAUGUGAUCAUGUUUAUCUCUUUGAUAACGACUAUGAAGAUGCAAAGGACAUAUAUGGGAAAUCCAUGCUUGGCAGAUUUCCGUAUGACUAUAAAGGGCGGCUUGUUCUGGAGGAAGGUUACCUUGUUUACGAGUGCAAUAGCAUGUGCAACUGCAAUAAAACAUGCCCAAAUAGAGUUUUGCAGAAUGGAAUACGAGUGAAACUGGAAGUCUUCAAUACAGAUAAUAAAGGUUGGGCUGUCAGGGCAGGUGAACCAAUCCUACGUGGUACAUUUAUAUGUGAGUACACUGGAGAGAUUUUAAAUGAACAGGAGGCAAGCAAUAGGCGUGACAGGUAUGGCAAAGAAGUUUGCAGCUAUAUGUAUAAAAUUGAUGCUCAUACCAAUGAUAUGAGCAGAAUGGUUGAAGGACAGGCCCAUUAUUUUAUUGAUGCUACAAAGUAUGGGAAUGUUUCACGGUUCAUCAAUCACAGCUGCAUGCCAAAUCUUGUGAACCACCAAGUUCUGGUUGACAGCAUGGAUUCUCAGCGUGCUCAUAUCGGUCUUUAUGCAAGUCAGGAUAUAGCUUUUGGUGAAGAACUGACAUACAACUAUCGGUAUGAGCUGCUGCCUGGAGAAGGAUAUCCUUGCCAUUGUGGAGCUUCAAAGUGCCGGGGCCGCCUGUAUUAAAUCUUAAAAUUUAUCGUUCUCUCUCCUUCGUGAAAUAAUGGGAUGUGGAGAACCUGACACAAGAAUCAGAUUCGGAUGUGCUCAAGGGUAUUAUGGUUGUUAUUCGUUGGCUGAUCAAAUUGUAAGUAGCUGCCCCAGUGGAUUUGGUAUCAAGCUGACAAGAUAUUGGCCAAGUCCCAAGCAAUGGAGCCGGAGGCCUGUGUUCCUUAAGCUACAAUCAUCUUCUCAAUGUCCCGGCAAGUAGCCUGUGUUUAUUCUCAUUUGUUGAUACAUUUUCAUCCAUGAAAGAGGACAUCCAUAAUUUUAUCUUGGCUUCUUUUUGUAUGGAAUGGCGAAAAUUGGUGCCUCCCGAGCUUAAUGGGAAGUGUAGGUUUUAUUUUU